GGUUUUAGGCUCUUGAUUCAGAUAAUAAAAACAACAGGUGAACAAGACAAGCUCUAUUGGCUUCUUUAUUUUCUAUUUUCGAACAGAUGGCAUGAAACCCAAUAUUCUGUAUGAAUCAUCGGACGGACUCAAGAAGAGCAUUCUAUACGAGUCCGUUGACGCUCAACCAGGAACUUCCUCGGAAUACGCUGUUGUUCAGAAACCUUCAAAAGGAAAGACUGGAUCUCCAGACGCAGUUUAUGCUGUUGUGAACAAACCGAAAACUGAACAACUCGAAAACGUUAACGAUGUGUAUGCAGAGGUUAAAAAAACAAAAAACAAAUUAGGGAAAGGAAAACAAAAAGAAGGGAAAAAGAAACAAACAGGCAAAGAUGACAAGAAGAAAACUAAGGGCGGGAAAGGCAACCACAAUGGUGCAGCUGGAGAUGCAUACGAACAAGUUGAAGCUGUCGAUGGAACAGGAGAUAAUAUCUACGCUAAUUGUGAUGGUGGUACAGCAGCUGCUGCGGAUGCGAAUCUUUCACGGAAAAAGAAUAAAGAUGGCCUCAUCUACUUGGACCUCGAAUUCAAAGAUGACAAUCAAAACGGCAGAAACUUCAUUAUCCAUGGUAUCGAAAACAAAACUGACUACGUAGAUGUCGAUUUCACGAAACAUGCGGAUCCCCUGCCACCAGACAAUGAAGAAGACCAGCAACCAGCGGAAACCAAAAACAACUAAUAUGAUCUGCUUUUGUUAAAUAACAGCAACAUUAAAGGAAACAAAACAACAUUUUCGCUUAGAUAUGAAUCCACCUUGAAUUUGCCUAAUUAUACAUCUAAUCAUAACACUAUGGUUCACAGGUGUUUUUGUUUGUGACCUCCAAAUGCAUAUUGGCUGUAACAAUUUGUUAUUCUAUUAACUGUGCGAUAUGUAUGAGAUUUGGCAGAAUUAUACAUUAAAUAGAAUAAUAUGUAUCUCUGCAGUAAAGAAUAUGAUUAUAAUAUGUAUGUGCCUUAACAUAUUGGGACAAACAUAUAACAUGUGGAAUUUUCCAUACGUAAGCUUAAUACCUAAAAUAAACUGUUGAAAAGUACAUUGGCCCUAAAAUCCUGCUUAGAUAAUUAUCUCCGAUACAUAUACGUCAUUUCAACACGGGAAAACGUGAAAAAAGAGGUCUCAAUAAUUAUCGGUAUAGGCUACCAACUUUAAUUUCACUACUUCUCCUUUAGAUAUUGCUGGUCAAGUUGAAAGGUCAAAGUUCGUCUUGGGCAUAUCUCUCAUAUUAUUCAAACUUGAAUAUUCAUAUUUUGUAUGGAAGUACAUCUUUGGAUGGCGAAGUAUAUGGUCAUUGUGACAUUAGUUUUGACCUUUGAAUAAAAAAAACCAGAUAUUUCUGAUGAUAAUGGGGUGAAGUUAGGGAAAAAAAGGUCACUGUGAUAUAUGUUUGACCUCUGGUUUAUUAACGUUUGUCGAAAGCCUGUCUUAUAUACUAUUUCAACUAGAGUAACCAAAUUUGGUAUGCAGAUAUAUCCUGAGAUGACAGGAUUUCUGUACCAAAAUUGCUGAUUAU